AUGAAUAAAAACAUAGAGUUUUAAAUAGAAAGAAGAGAGAUUUAAAUAUAUUAAUAUUUAUAUAUAAAUUAAUAUAAACCAAAGAUAUUGUCCCAAUAAUAAAUAAAAGUUGCAAAGACUUCUCCACAUUUUUCAACAUAAGCAUAUAUAUUUGAAACUUUAUCUAUUACUUUAUAUUCAUAUGAACAUGAUCCUUCACAUUUAAAGUUUAUAUAAUUUAAAAAUUUACCUUUACAUAAAUCAAAACAAUCACUAUCUUAUAUUAAAGAAGAAUAGGAUGACCAUAAUAACCUCCCCUUUAUAAGAAUAAAAACAUCAAAGUAAAUCAGUUUAAUGUAAAAAGUUUAAUAUUAUUUAUUAACUUUAAAUACUCUACAUUUUUACUUAAAACAUUAAUUUAAAGAAUAUCCAUUAAUAUUUCAUUACUUGAGAUUAAAUCUCCUGUGUCACAAUUUUCUUUAUUCAAGUAAUAUUUUUAAGUAUUUAGCAUAACAUGAUUCAACGCGCAUACCUUAAUCAUAGGAUAGACAUAUAGACACUUUGUACAAAUUUUAUCGGUGGUACAUUAUUCACAAACUUUUGGGCAAUCUUUGA